CAUCGACCAAGGAACAUACGUGAUCUUUGGGUCUGCAGCAAAUCUACUACAACAUUUAUUAGUCAUGGAGGAAACAGAUAGAGAUCAGAAGAAAAAGAGUAUCAUCCCUCAGCUGCCAAGCUGUUUCAUGUCGCCAGAAACGCCGGGCAAUCUUCUACGUGAUCGCCUGACUCCUUGCUUCGACUCGCCAUCGUCAAUUUUCCCCACUCCACCUUGUUCGCAAGAAAAGGAAUCGAUCUCUCAUUUUCAUUCGUUAGCCCUUGAUGAAUUUCCUAGGCUUAAUUUUGAGCUUGAUGAGAGCGAUCAGGAGAAAUCUAUGCAGCAAAGCCUUCAUCGGUCACCUUUGAUGCCAGAAGACCGUGUUAUCGGAAGGCUGAUUGGAAUAAAAAGCGUGGAUUUCAUCUCCGAUCUUUUAGCAGUAAACGGCAAUAAGAUUUGCCAGAGAAUCUGCAGCUAUCUGGAACCUCUUGAGCUAUGCAGGUUCGCCUCCGUGAGUCGAACAUGGAGGAAUGUUGUGAAAGGAGACACAAAAACGAGUCAGAGGUGGAAAGGAUUCCUCAGAGAUUGUAAGGACCAUUGUGCUCUCAAGGGAAAGGAGAAUUAUGGUGUGCCUACUUCUCAGAGGUCAACUUCUAAUAAUCUUAAAGGAUUUCCAUUAAAAAGUGUCGACAUCAAUAAACCUGAGAAAAAGAUCUCUAAACUACCUGCACUUGACAACCAAACUACAACCCCAGUUUGUUCCCAUCCAGCAUCACAACAGACACUUGAACUGAGACCUUGUCCAAAAUGCGUCUCACCUUCAUAUCUGUCACAAACACAAGGUCACUGUCAGUGUCAGAAAUGUGGACUAAGAUUCUGUUCAGUUUGCCUAAGAGAAUCUCAUCAUCAUCAUCUUCAAGGUGAAAGCCCAUGUGACGGACUACCUAAAAACAGUGGAAUGGCUCUAAGACUCAGAUCUAGAAAAAUCAACAAUGACAGUAUUGGAAGUAAGAAAACUAAAGAUAGAGUUCGACGGCUUUGACACACAUUUUAGCAUACAUUUUGUAAAUUUAUGCUGUAGGCUUGUUAGGGUAAUUUUAAAUAGGUAGUUUUAUACGAAUUUUUAUAGAGUUGUGCAUAUAUCUACUUAAGAUUUUAG